CAGGGGAAGGUGCUGAACAGGCGGCAGGCAGCAUCGCCUCCUUUGGCAAGCUGGGCUCUUCUCCCUCCCUUGGAUGUAGUUGAUUCCUUUGAUUUUUGGCCGCCGCCGCUGCUUUUUGCAGCCAUUUUGCACCAGCCCAGCCGGAGGCGGAGAAAGAGACAGCUGGGCAAGGAAAGAGAUUGAGAGAGAUGCUGGGCUAGUGGCUCAGCCUUGGCCUCCCUCCCUCCCUCCAUCAUGGUGAAGAGGAAGAGCUCAGAAGGGCCUGAGCAGGAGAGUGGGAGGGGGGUCCCUCUCCCCAUCCAGACCUUCCUCUGGAGGCAAACCAGUGCAUUUUUGAGGCCCAAGCUCGGAAAACAAUAUGAAGCUUCAUGUGUGUCUUUUGAAAGAGUUUUGGUUGAAAACAAACUACAUGGCCUUUCACCAGCCCUUUCGGAAGCCAUCCAGAGCAUCUCUCGCUGGGAACUGGUCCAGGCUGCCUUACCACAUGUACUUCAUUGCACAGCCACUUUGCUUUCAAAUCGGAAUAAGUUAGGUCAUCAGGACAAACUUGGAGUUGCAGAAACAAAACUCCUUCACACACUCCACUGGAUGCUGUUGGAAGCUCCUCAAGACUGCAGUAAUGACCGCUUUGGAGGAGGAGGAGACAGAGGAUCCAGCUGGAGGGGAAGCAGCACUGCUUUCAUACACCAGAUUGAAAACCAGGCAUCUCCAGGGCAUUCAAGACGAGACAGCAUUAAUGACGAAGAAGAGAAUAACAGAAGGAAGUUUUUUCAGAAUUCCAUGGCCACUGUAGAGCUCUUUGUGUUCUUGUUUGCUCCUCUGGUUCAUAGGAUUAAAGAAUCUGAUCUGACUUUCCGUCUAGCCAGUGGCCUUGUUAUUUGGCAACCAAUGUGGGAGCAUAGGCAACCUGAAGUGACUGCCUUUACUGCACUGGUUAAGCCCAUCAGAAAUAUAAUUACAGCAAAGAGAAGUUCUCCAAUCAAAAACCAGACUCAGACUUGUGAAUCUCCUAAUCUGGAUGCUGGCCGCUCAGAGGGACUGCAGGUAGUCUGUGAAACAGCCCAGCCAGACGCCAUGCCUCCAAGACCUACUUUUUCAGGCUGUCACCGUGGAAAUUCCAUUGAAGGAAGUGUAUCAUCCCAAGCAUCCCAGGAGAAAGGACCACCAUAUCCUAGGGUGUCUUUGGUGAUCCCACCAUGUCAGAAAUCUCGGUACGCCACCUAUUUUGAUGUGGCAGUAUUACGAUGUCUGCUUCAGCCACAUUGGUCCGAAGAAGGCACUCAGUGGUCCCUGAUGUAUUACCUCCAGAGGCUCCGCCAUAUGUUAGAGGAAAAGCCUGAGAAGCCACCUGAGCCAGAAAUCCCACCGCUGCCAAGGCCACGCAGCAGUUCCAUGGUGGCUGCUGCUCCAUCGUUGGUGAACACUCACAAAACACAGGAUCUCACAAUGAAAUGCAACGAGGAGGAAAAAUCCUUAAGCACAGAAGCUUUUGCCAAAGUAUCAUUAACCAACUUGCGGAGACCUGCAGUUCCAGACCUCUCUUCCGAUUUGGGGAUGAAUAUUUUUAAGAAGUUCAAGAGCCGCAAAGAAGAUCGUGAGCGCAAGGGCUCUAUUCCUUUCCACCAUGCGGGAAAAAAACGGCAUCGGCGGAUGGGGGUACCCUUCUUGCUCCAUGAAGACCAUUUAGAUGUGUCACCCACUCGAAGCACAUUCUCUUUUGGAAGCUUCUCUGGGAUCGGUGAAGACAGGCGUGGCAUGGAGAGAGGAGGGUGGCAAACCACUAUCUUAGGGAGGUUUACCCGACGGGGUAGUUCUGAUGCAGCUACAGAGAUGGAGAGCUUGAGUGCGAGGCAUUCCCACUCCCAUCAUACCUUAGUUACUGACCUACCAGAUCAUUCCAACAGCCAUGUCCGUUCUCAGAUCUCCACCAUCACAGUGGCAACCUUUAACACCACACUGGCCUCUUUCAAUGUGGGCUAUGCAGACUUCUUCAGUGAGCACAUGCGCAAACUUUGCAACCAGGUGCCCAUACCAGAAUUGCCUCAUGAGCCCUUGGCAUGUGCCAAUCUUCCUCGGAGCCUGACAGAUUCCUGCAUCAACUAUAGCUGUCUGGAGGAUACUGACCACAUAGACGGCACUAGCAAUUUUGUCCACAAGAACGGCAUGCUAGACCUUUCGGUGGUUCUCAAAGCUGUUUAUUUGGUCCUGAACCAUGACAUCAGCUCCCGAAUCUGUGAUGUGGCCCUCAAUAUUGUGGAAUGCCUGCUUCAGCUUGGGGUGGUGCCCUGUGUGGAGAAGACCAGAAGGAAAAGUGAGAAUAAAGAGAAUGAGUCUACUGAAAAGAGACAAAGUGAGACUUCCUUUCAACUCAAGGGGGCUUUGAGUAGUUCAGCAUCUGCAUUUGGGGCGGCUCCAGUCAGUGGAGCUGGAGAUGGUAGCGGUGAAGGAGGAGGAGGUGGUUGCGGCGGCGGCAACAGCAGCAGUGGAGGUGGUGGUGCUGGAGGAGAUGGAGGCGGUGGAGAUGGCGGUGGAGGAGAAGGUGGAGGAAGACCUUAUGAAAAGAACGACAAAAAGGAAGACAAGGAGGAAAGUACUCCAGUAAGCACCCAUAGGUUGGCUUUGACAAUGCUGAUAAAAAUUGUGAAGUCUUUGGGCUGUGCCUAUGGCUGUGGAGAAGGUCACCGAGGACUCUCUGGAGAUCGCCUGAGACAUCAGGCCCAGAACUGCCUCACAAAGUUGUACAAGUUGGAUAAGAUGCAGUUCCGCCAAACCAUGAGAGACUAUGUAAACAAAGAUUCACUCAACAAUGUGGUCGAUUUUUUACAUGCCUUACUAGGAUUCUGUAUGGAGCCAGUUACUGACAACAAGGCUGGUUUUGGAAAUAACUUCACCACAAUGGACAACAAGUCUACAGCCCAAAGCGUGGAAGGUAUUAUUGUCAGUGCAAUGUUCAAAUCCUUGAUCACCCGCUGUGCCUCUACUACACAUGAGCUCCAUAGUCCUGAGAAUCUGGGAUUGUACUGUGACAUCCGACAACUUGUUCAAUUUAUCAAGGAGGCUCAUGGGAAUGUCUUUAGAAGAGUAGCUCUCAGUGCCCUUUUGGACAGUGCUGAGAAGUUGGCACCAGGGAGAAGAACAGAGGAAACUACUGAGCAUGAACCCAAACCAUCCGGCAGCAAAAGAUCUGAAGUGGGAAGUGUUGUUAUUGACAAAGGACAGCCUUCUUCUGCUCCUGAUGAAUGCCGUAGUUAUAUCUCAAGCCGCCCAAUGCAGACUCCAGAGCAUGAUGAACAAAUGCAAGGAGCAGCCCUAGGCCGCAAAGAUUUCUGGCGGAAGAUGUUCAAAUCACAGAGUGCCGCAAGUGAUACCAGCAGCCAGUCUGAACCAGAUACCUCUGAAUGCACAACAGCACACUCUGGGACAACAACUGAGAGGCGUUCCCGUUCUCGUUCCAGGCGGAUCUCUCUCCGAAAGAAACUUAAACUUCCCUUAGGUAAAAGAAAUUGGCUGAAACGCUCAUCCCUUUCUGGGCUGGCAGAUGGUGUAGAAGACCUUCUAGAUAUCAGCUCUGUGGACCGUCUCUCUUUUAUCCGGCAGAGUUCCAAGGUGAAGUUUACUAGUGCAGUGAAGCUGUCAGAAGGGGGGCCAGGAAGUGGCCUGGAGAAUGGGCGUGAUGAAGAGGAGAAUUUCUUCAAGCGUCUUGGUAAAUGGCGCACCUGCCGAAGACAUCCAUCCAAGCUUCAUCACACAGAAGAAAAAGAUGGUUGCCAGACAUAUGAUGAUCACCUGGCUUCCAACCAAGAGGGAAGCAAAUCCAAGAAUGUUGUGAACCUGGGUGCAAUACGGCAAGGCAUGAAGCGUUUUCAGUUUCUCUUAAACUGCUGCGAACCAGGAACAAUCCCUGAUGCUUCUAUCUUGGCAGCUGCCCUUGAUCUUGAAGCGCCAGUGGUGGCAAGAGCAGCCCUGUUCUUGGAGUGUGCUCGCUUUGUUCACCGCUGUAAUCGUGGCAACUGGCCAGAAUGGAUGAAGGGGCACCAUGUGAACAUCACGAAAAAGGGCCUUUCUCGUGGGCGCUCUCCAAUAGUGGGGAACAAACGUAACCAGAAGUUACAGUGGAAUGCAGCCAAACUCUUCUAUCAGUGGGGAGAUGCAAUUGGAGUCCGUCUGAAUGAGCUCUGCCAUAGCGAGAGUGAGAGCCCAGCUAACUUGCUGGGCCUUAUUUAUGAUGAAGAGACCAAAAGAAGACUGAGAAAGGAGGAUGAGGAAGAAGACUUUUUAGAUGACAGUAAGGAGACUCCCUUUACUACAAGAACCCCCGCUUGUACUGUGAACCCCACCAAAUGUUGCUGCCCUUUUGCCCUGAAGAUGGCAGCAUGUCAGCUGCUCCUGGAGAUCACCACAUUCCUUCGAGAGACUUUUCCCUACAUGCCCAGGCCACGCACAGAACCACUUGUGGAUCUGGAAAGCUGCAGGUUACGUUUGGACCCUGAGAUGGAUCGGCACAGGUAUGAGAGGAAGAUCAGUUUUGCUGGGGUUCUGGAUGAAAACGAAGAUUCAAAAGAUUCCUUGCACAGCAGCAGUCAUACCCUGAAAUCUGACAUGGGUUGCGAAGAGAAGAAAGUUCCCAGCAGGAAGAUCAGGAUAGGAGGCUCCCGCUUGCUCCAGAUUAAAGGAACCCGCAGUUUCCGGGUGAAGAAAGGGGGUUCCCUGUCCAGCAUUCGCCGGGCCGGCAGCCUAAAGAGCACCAAGUUAUCACGUCAGGAUUCAGAGUCUGAGAAUGAGGAGCUGCAGCUGUCCCACAGCAGGGACACUGUCACUGACAUAGAAGGGAGCCCUUGGAGUGCAAGCGAACCCAGUAUAGAACCUGAAGUGCUGAGCAGCACUGGCACAGAAGAGAACUAUCAUCGCAAUAUGUCUUGGCUACAUGUGAUGAUCCUUCUCUGCAAUCAGCAGAGUUUUAUCUGUAGCCACAUUGAUUACUGCCACCCACAUUGUUACCUUCACCACAGCCGUUCCUGUGCGCGCCUUGUUCGAGCCAUCAAACUCCUAUAUGGAGACACUGUGGAUUCACUCAAAGAAAACAGUGCAGUGAAUGGUGUAUCUAGGGGCAAAAAGCAGAAAGAGUGUUCAGACAAGUCAUGCUUGAGAACACCUUCUCUUAAGAAAAGAGUGAUGGAUACCAACCUUGAAGGAAAGAAGGACUCUGGAAUGCUGAAAUACAUCAGGCAUCAGGUGAUGAGUUUGUCUCCAGCACCUUUAUCACUGUUAAUCAAGGCAGCUCCCAUCCUCACCGAAGAGAUGUAUGGGGACGUCCAGCCUGCAGCAUGGGAGCUGCUGCUUAGUAUGGAUGAGCACAUGGCUGGUGCAGCAGCUGCCAUGUUUCUUCUGUGUGCUGUGAAAGUGCCUGAGGCAGUGUCAGAUAUGCUGAUGUCUGAAUUUAAUCAUCCUGAGGCAGUGCAAAGGUUGAAUGCAAUACUCAAGUUCCAUACCCUCUGGAGAUUUAGAUACCAAGUCUGGCCUAGGAUGGAAGAAGGGGCUCAACAGAUCUUUAAGAUUCCUCCACCUAGCAUAAAUUUCACCCUGCCGUCCCCAGUACUGGGAAUGCCCUCUGUUCCCAUGUUUGACCCUCCAUGGGUGCCACAGUGCGGUGGAAGUGUACAGGACCCUAUUAAUGAAGAUCAAUCUAAGUCAUUUUCAGCCCGGGCAGUGUCACGCUCUCAUCAGCGUGCAGAGCACAUUCUGAAGAACCUGCAGCAAGAAGAAGAGAAAAAACGUCUGGGCCGAGAAGCUAGUCUGAUCACCGCCAUCCCAAUCACCCAGGAAGCUUGUUAUGAGCCCAGCUGUUCCCCAAACGCAGAACAGGAGGAGGAAGUAGAAGAAGUUGCCAACCUGGCAUCUCGCCGUCUCUCUGUGAGUCCAUCAUGCACUUCAAGUACAUCUCACAGGAACUACUCUUUUCGGCGUGGUUCAGUUUGGUCAGUGCGUUCAGCAGUCAGUGCUGAAGAUGAGGAACACACAACAGAGCACACACCAAAUCAUCAUGUGCCCCAGCCUCCACAAGCGGUCUUCCCAGCAUGUAUCUGUGCAGCUGUGUUGCCUAUUGUUCACUUGAUGGAAGAUGGGGAAGUCCGGGAGGAUGGAGUAGCAGUGAGUGCAGUAGCCCAGCAAGUCCUAUGGAACUGUCUCAUUGAAGAUCCUUCUACAGUCCUUCGACAUUUUCUGGAGAAACUAACUAUCAGCAAUCGACAGGAUGAGUUGAUGUAUAUGCUCAGGAAACUUCUGCUCAACAUUGGAGACUUCCCUGCUCAGACAUCCCAUAUCCUCUUUAACUACUUGGUGGGAUUGAUCAUGUAUUUUGUUCGCACACCAUGUGAAUGGGGCAUGGAUGCCAUUUCAGCAACUCUGACCUUCCUGUGGGAGGUAGUGGGCUAUGUAGAAGGACUUUUCUUCAAGGACCUUAAACAGACUAUGAAGAAGGAACAAUGUGAAGUGAAGCUGCUGGUCACUGCCUCAAUGCCAGGCACCAAAACCCUGGUCGUUCAUGGGCAAAAUGAAUGUGAUAUACCAACUCAGUUACCGGUCCAUGAAGACACCCAGUUUGAAGCUCUUUUAAAGGAAUGUCUGGAAUUUUUUAACAUACCUGAAUCCCAAUCUUCCAACUAUUUUUUGAUGGAUAAACGAUGGAACCUUAUUCAUUAUAAUAAGACCUAUGUCCGUGAUAUUUAUCCCUUUCGAAGAUCAGUUUCUCCUCAGCUGAAUCUGGUACACAUGCAUCCCGAAAAGGGGCAAGAACUUAUUCAGAAACAGGUGUUCACACGCAAGUUAGAAGAAGUGGGACGGGUUCUUUUCCUCAUUUCUCUGACCCAGAAGAUCCCUGUUGCUCACAAGCAGUCCCAUGUGUCUUUGCUGCAAGAGGAUCUUCUCCGCUUGCCCUCUUUCCCUCGCAGUGCUAUUGAUGCUGAAUUCUCACUCUUCAAUGAUCCACAAGCUGGAAAGGAGCUCUUUGGCCUUGACACUCUUCAGAAAAGCCUGUGGAUUAAAUUACUGGAGGAGAUGUUUCUGGGAAUGCCCAGUGAAUUUCCCUGGGGAGAUGAAAUCAUGCUGUUCUUGAAUGUAUUCAAUGGGGCUCUGAUCCUGCACCCUGAAGACAGUGCUCUGUUGAGGCAGUAUGCUGCCACUGUCAUCAACACAGCAGUGCAUUUCAACCACCUCUUCUCUCUUAGUGGAUACCAAUGGAUCCUUCCCACUAUGCUUCAGGUAUAUGCUGACUAUGAAAGCAACCCACAACUGCGUCAAGCCAUUGAAUUUGCCUGUCGCCAGUUUUACAUUCUCCACCGUAAGCCCUUUGUCCUCCAACUGUUUGCUAGUGUUGCUCCUCUCCUGGAGUUUCCUGAUGCUACAAACAAUGGGCCCAGCAAGGGUCUCUCAGCUCAGUGCCUCUUUGACCUGCUACAGUCCUUAGAAGGAGACACUCCAGACAAUCUCGAUAUUCUAGAACUGGUGAAAGCAGAAAAACCACUGAAAUCAUUAGAUUUCUGCUAUGGCAAUGAGGAUUUGACCUUUUCCAUCAGUGAAGCCAUCAAGUUGUGUGUCACAGUUGUAGCAUAUGCCCCAGAGUCAUUCAGAAGUCUUCAGAUGCUGAUGGUCCUUGAAGCGCUGGUUCCCUGUUACCUGCAGAGGCUGAAGAGGCAAACCUCCCAAGUGGAAACAGUGACAGCUGCUCGAGAAGAAAUCGCAGCAACAGCUGCACUUGCUACAUCUUUGCAAGCGCUUUUGUACAGCGUGGAAGUUCUUACCAGGCCAAUGACUGCUCCUCAGAUGAGUCGCUGUGAUCAAGGCCAUAAAGGAACCACUACUGCUAACCACACUAUAUCAUCUGGAACAAACACUAGGUACCCAGAGCAAGGAGCCAAGCUGCACUUCAUCAGGGAAAACCUUCAUUUGCUGGAGGAAGGCCAAGGCCUCCAGCGAGAAGAGCUGGAUGAACGCAUUGCUAGGGAGGAAUUUAGGCGACCUCGUGAGUCCUUGCUGAAUAUCUGUACUGAAUUUUAUAAGCACUGUGGCCCCCGUCUGAAGAUUUUGCAGAAUCUUGCUGGUGAGCCGAGGGUGACUUCCUUAGAGCUGCUGGAUGUUAAGUCUCAUAUGAGGUUGGCAGAAAUUGCACAUUCCCUUCUGAAGCUGGCACCCUAUGACACUCAGACGAUGGAGAGCCGUGGGCUCCGGCGAUACAUCAUGGAGAUGCUACCCAUCACAGACUGGACAGCUGAGGCAGUGAGACCUGCCCUUAUCCUCAUCUUAAAAAGAUUGGAUCGUAUGUUCAAUAAAAUUCACAAGAUGCCUACUUUGAGGCGACAGGUUGAGUGGGAGCCUGCCAGCAGUUUGAUUGAAGGGGUUUGUUUGACACUUCAGAGGCAGCCAAUCAUAUCCUUCCUGCCUCAUCUUAGGUCACUGAUCAAUGUCUGUGUCAAUCUGGUGAUGGGAGUAGUAGGACCUUCCAGUGUGGCCGAUGGAUUACCCCUUCUUCAUCUCAGCCCUUAUCUCUCGCCACCUCUACCCUUCAGCACAGCUGUUGUCCGGCUUGUAGCAUUGCAGAUUCAGGCUUUGAAAGAAGAUUUCCCCUUAAGCCACGUGAUAUCCCCAUUCACCAAUCAGGAGAGGAGGGAAGGAAUGCUUUUAAAUCUUCUGAUUCCAUUUGUGCUCACAGUAGGAUCAGGAAGCAAAGAUAGCCCUUGGCUGGAACAACCUGAAGUCCUCCUGCUGCUCCAGACAGUCAUUAAUAUUUUGCUACCACCGCGCAUUAUCAGCACUUCACGCAGUAAGAACUUCAUGUUGGAGAGCUCCCCUGCCCACUGUUCCACUCCGGGAGAUGCAGGGAAGGACCUGCGUAAGGAAGGGCUAGCUGAGUCCACUAGUCAGGCAGCCUACCUGGCUCUGAAGGUGAUCCUUGUGUGUUUUGAGAGACAGCUUGGCAGCCAAUGGUAUUGGCUGAGUCUGCAGGUCAAAGAGAUGGCUUUGAGAAAAGUUGGAGGGUUGGCCCUGUGGGAUUUCCUGGAUUUUAUUGUGCGUACUCGAAUUCCUAUCUUUGUGCUUCUUCGACCCUUCAUUCAGUGCAAGUUGUUAGCGCAGCCAGCUGAGAACCACGAAGAGAUGACUGCUCGGCAACACAUUGCUGACCAGCUGGAGCGGCGCUUCAUCCCACGCCCUCUUUGCAAGAGUUCCCUCAUUGCAGAAUUCAACAAUGAGCUAAAGAUCCUGAAAGAGGCUGUGCAUAGUGGGUCAGCCUACCAAGGGAAAACUUCAAUCAGCACUGUGGGCACCUCCACCUCUGCAUACCGACUGAGCCUUGCCACUAUGUCCCGCUCCAACACUGGUACAGGCACUGUCUGGGAGCAGGAUAGUGAACCUUCCCAACAGGCAUCCCAGGAUACUUUAAGUCGGACAGAUGAAGAAGAUGAAGAAAAUGAUUCUGUGAGCAUGCCCAGUGUGGUAAGUGAACAAGAAGCAUACCUUAUGGGUGCCAUUGGGAGGAGGCGAUUUUCCAGCCAUCUCUCCAGCAUGUCUGCACCUCAGGCUGAGGUGGGCAUGUUACCAAGCCAAAGUGAACCUAAUGUCCUCGAUGACUCCCAAGGCCUGGCCGCUGAGGGCAACCUCACUAGAGUAGCAAGCGUUCAAAGCGAACCUGGACACCACAAUCUCCUUCUUCAGCAGCCACUGGGGAGAAAAAGAGGCCUGAGACAGCUAAGGAGACCUCUUUUAUCACGUCAGAAAACCCAAACUGAACCUCGUAGUCGUCAUGGAGCACGACUCUCUACUACACGUAGAAGCAUACAGCCAAAAGCAAAACCAACUGUGGAUCAAAAGCGAUCAGUAACUUUCACUGAAGCUCAGUCAGAAGCAUCAACCUCAAAACCUGAUCCAGCACCUUUGGGAGCGCAGCAACCAAGCAGCAAAAAAAGCAGCCCUGCAGAAGGAGGCAAGCCAGAUUCUACAAAUAAACCUACUGUCACUUCCUCACUUGCUGUUAUCGUGGCAGAUCUUCACAGUCAAGUCUCAUCUAGCCAGACAGAGACACUUUUGGCUGAAAAGGAUAAAAAAAAGGAGGAGGAAUCAGAACAAAAACCAGCCCCAGCACACAGCACUCCCUCACCUACUCAGCUUUCUGAUACGGAAGAUUUCACAGGUCUAGAGACCACCAGCUUAUUGCAGCACGAAGAUACUGUUCUUCACAUUAGUGAGGAUAAUGGGAUGGAGAAUCCCCUUCUUUCCAGCCAGUUCAGCUUUGCACAUGUUGAGGUGGGCCAGACUGACAUUGACCUAGAUGAGUCACAUGUUUGAUUAGGGAGUGUGCCAUCCUUAUGUUAGAGGAAAGUUUGUUCUGGUCUUCAUACCCAUCUGUAUGUAACUAAAAGAGCACUUUAUAAAUACUGAGGAGCACAUCUUGUAUCCUCCUUGGUACAGGUGGACAAUUGUGUUUUAGAAAAAUACAGAUCUAGCAAAUAAGUUGGACAGAUCUUGUUGGACUCAGGGCAAACUACAAGACAGAGGAACAUCUGGGAGCAUUCCUAGGCACAGAAUUAAGUCACAGCGCUGCUAUUUUGCACUCCUCAGCCCCUCCAAUAAAAUAAAUUGCAUUAAUAAAUGUCCGUCAGUAAAGGAAUAAUAUCUCUUUGGAGGCUGGCCAUAUUAAUACAGUAUCCUAAAGUUUAUUUUUGUACACUCAGAAAGGAAAUAUAUAUAAUAUUAACACACAUCAAGUUAUCAGUUAUAAAUUAUCUAGUUAUCAGCUGUAAAGCUAAAAUAUUUAUCACUGUAUUCCAGUGAACAUCAGACCAUCAAGUGCCAGACAAAGAUCAGGUGAAUAUUUGGGGUCAUUUCUGCUCUGGGUUUGCAAUUGCGUACUCGAAGGUAUGGCUAAUAAGCUGUUUUCACAGCCUUGAAAGCUACAUGUAAACCAUAUUUAAAUAGCAAAUGAUAAUGCUGUGCAUAAAUGUGCAGAUUUGGGGGAAAUGAAUGUUAAAACUAGAAGAAAAAGUACACUGGUAUGUUGUAUUUGUAUUUGCAGCCCUGUAUUAACUGGUUUAACUUUUUACUACUAUAAGCUAUGUACAAACAAACCAUAUGAUGAUUGAUUUUUAAGGAAUAUCUAUCUACAUAUUGGGUGUAUGUGAAAUGAAAAUAUUUAUUUCUAAGUAUACAUAUAUCAUAUAUUAGUCGUUCUCUGAGUAAAAAAGCAUAACAUGUAUAAAGUAUACCUCUAUUUGAGAUCUAUAGAUUACUCAUUUAAAAUUAUUUGUAAUUUAGACUAAAUGAAAUAUGAAUGUAACCAUUAAUUUCUGAGUAGCUAAUGACCUUAUAUUCUGAUAUUAUGCUUAUUCUAACAUAAAUUCAAUUUAUUCAUGUUUAGAAACCUUUAAAGUUUUCAAACACUGAUUUUUAAAUUUUGGGGCAGCCACAUAUUUGGCUGACAAAAUACUGUUUUAGGUGGAUAUGCUUAAAUUACAUAUCUUGAGGAGCUGGGAAUGGUUUCUUAAGCUAUGCAGGUAAAAGUUAUGGCAAAAUC